AUGAAAUCUAUUAAAUAUGCUGUAAAAAAAGUACAUGAUUUCAAAAAACCUUUGGCAUAUAUUGAUACUUUAAUGAAAAACUCUAAAUUAUGGAUUCAUUCAUUUACAAAAAUUUCUGAUAUAUGGGUAUUUCAACAACUGCAUAUGCUAAAUUAUUGUAGAAUGCUUUUAAAUAAG